AACUGCCACUGCAGCACGUUCGUCUACGAGGUCGACCUCCUUGCGAUCAGCAUCGUGAACGAAUUCAACUGCAGCCUUUGCUCUAAGAGGGGUUAUCUCUGGGUCUUCCCCUCAAGUCCUGGGCAGUUCAGGGUCAUCAAGGGCGAUGAGGACGCUCUGACAAGCUACGCGUUCGGCUCCAAGACGACACAUUACAAAUUCUGCCCACACUGCGGUACAGGCGUUUUA